UCCUCCUUCGCUUUACCUAAUUGGUUAGUUGAGGUGUCAAUCAAGUGGUUCCCAUGGUUGCCGCAAGCUCUCGCUUUCGCCUGUGAACCGCUGACAAACGGAAAGCUGAGCACAGACCGAUAACUUCGGCACGAUGAGCCGCUCACAAGCGUUUUUUUUAAAUUGUUUUUUCUGACUAAACAUUACGUUUAAUUUGCAUUCUUAACCGCCAUUUUACCCUUUGACGAAUGUUUACGUGCUUAUUUGUCGUGUGUUGUUUAUUUAGUAAGGUUAGCUGACAGACGUGACUUCACCGGAGUUCAAACAGGAACUUUUGAAAAAUAACGUAUUCGGUUGGUGUUUUUUUAUUUUUUUUGAAAGACGUCAUGAUCCCCGAAUGUCCAAGUGCGGCGGAGACGGUCGGUAAGGCCGAAUACCAGCACAGCCCGCCGGCCGAACCGAACCGGAGCAUCGUGGGAGGCUUGUUGACCGAAAUUACAACCACCAUCAAGAGCGAACCUUUCACCGACCAUUUCACCAUUAUCCCCGGCAAAGAGCUCGGAAGGGGCAAAUUCGCCGUGGUCCGAAAGUGCGUGAAGAAAUGCACAGGUCAAGAAUACGCCGCAAAGUUCAUGAGGAAGCGGCGAAAAGGGCGGGACUGCCGUAUGGAGAUCAUCCACGAGAUUGCCGUGCUUGAGCUGGCCACAGACAGUCAGCGGGUGGUUAGUCUUCACCAGGUCUAUGAAAUGGCCUCUGAGAUGGUGCUGGUCCUGGAAUUUGCUGCUGGAGGGGAGAUCUUCAACCAGUGUGUGUCAGAUCAAGAGGACGAGUCCUUCAGCGAGAACGACGUGAAGAGGCUCAUGAGACAGAUCCUACAAGGAGUCGCCUUCUUACAUCAAAGAAAUGUUGUCCAUCUUGACCUGAAGCCUCAGAACAUCCUUCUGACCAGCAGCUCUCCUCUGGGUGACAUUAAGAUAGUGGACUUCGGUCUGUCCCGUAUCGUCAGCAGCCACCAAGAGCUCAGAGAGAUUAUGGGAACUCCUGAGUACGUUGCACCAGAGAUUCUAAAUUAUGAGCCUAUAAGCACAGCAACAGAUAUGUGGAGUAUAGGUGUUUUGGCCUAUGUGAUGCUGACAGGCCUCUCUCCCUUCCUGGGCAAAGACAAGCAGGAGACCUUUCUGAACAUCUCCCAGAUGAACGUUAGCUAUGAUGAGGAGGAACUGCAGGAGCUGGACCAGGCCGUGUCCUUCAUCCAGACUCUGCUCUGUAAACAGCCACAGGUCCGAGCCACAGCCGAGCAGUGUCUCCAACACCCGUGGCUCCAGCCCGAAGAUCCUCAGGAAACGGCGACAUGCGAUGAACGCCCCCCACUGGAAGUCCAGGGUGCAUCCAGCAGUAGCCCAGAAAGUUGCACUGCUACUACUUGUACAGACAGCGUUGAGGAGGAAGAUGAAGGUCCCGUGACUGAGGACCUCAUCGUCAUGGCCGCCUACACCCUGGGCCAAUGCCGCCAGUCCUCCGCCGCCGAGAAGGAGGCCCUGGUCACAGAGAAGAAGGCCAACUCCAAACGCUUCAAGUUUGAGGAGCCCUUCAGUGUCCUGCAGGAGGUCCCCGGGGAGUUCAUCUACUGAAACUCCACCCAUAAGAGGUAAACGGGGCUCAAAAAUGUGAUUGAGCCAUUCAAUCCGGGGCUUUCAUUGUAUUACUUUAUUGGGUGUUGGUGACAUGGUCAUAAAUCAAUCACUUUUUGACCUAAGUAGCCCUGUUUACAUCUCUCCACUCCAUCACGAGCAACACUUACCCCAUCGGUUGUAAAUUGUUUCCUAUGGAUGUGUCAAGUUUGUAUAACGCUUCACACACAACUUGUCAUUGUUAAGUGCUUUAUUGAAGUGGCUACUCAUAAAUGUAUCUGCAAUUAUACUCCAAAGCACCAGUAGAUGACCUUUAACCCCUGAACCUGUUGGCUGUUGAAGUGAGGAUCUUUCUUUUGUAGUGAUCUUUUUAAGAGCAGGUGUUCACCAAUUAUUCACCGAUUUGACCUACACUAAAACCAUUUUUGACUUCAGAAACAACAAGUUAAGCAUUGUUUCUUCUCAUUUUAGAUUUUAAAUGUAUCAUCUUGCCAGGAAAAAAAAAAGAGUUGGGAAAAACACAUCUACAAAGAAAGAAUGAUUACAAGCUUAAGAAAAACUACAAUUAAUGUAGGCAGUGAAUAUAGCCCUGAAUAAGUUUUAUGAAUAUGAUUUUUGAAAAAGAAGCACCAACAUAACUUUUUAGCUUUAGUGUGAAUGCUGUUCAAAUAUGACAUUUGAACAGCAGCAAAAGACACACAUUAUGGAUUUUUUUUUAAAUUAAAAAAUACUUUAAAAAGAGAUGAAAAAAUGUCUUAGUUAUAAUAUGUAAAUAAUAAAUGGAAUCCAAAAAUGCCUAAGGAAUUUUGCAAGGGUGAAAAGAAAGGUGUUGGCCCUCUCUGUAGGCCAAACUGUAGACAUAUUUAUACUUUAAUAACAAUUGAAUUUAAAUUACAAUUGCAUAACACAUAGGAAUUUAUAACAUGUGCAUGGUCAUUUGCCUUGGUUGGUGGGCUCAUGAAUGUACUUUUUUUUUUUUGUCUGACAAAUACUCCCCCGCCCCCCACAAAAAAAAACACAUUAAGCCACCGGUUAAUAAACUAAAAAUAUAAGCUAAAAAAAUGCCACUUCAAAUAGCACUUAUGUAAAUGUCUGAUUUGCUUUCACACUAAAACUGACGAAAAACUUUGUUUCUUCUAUAAUUUGGUUGAUUUAUACUAUUAUCUCACUCAGGCGCAUUGUGUUAUUUUAUUUUAUUUUUUUGGUGCCAUGAUUGAAGAAAGUAUUUUUAGGGUUUUGUGUCCACUAUACUAAAUUUACCUUUCAACUUAUUUUUGUACAUGAUGUUUGUUUAUAUAAUUUAAGAAUACAAUACUGUUAAAUAUACAUGUCAGGUAUUUGUGGAAUGUUCAACAUAGGAUACAACCUUCAAGGGCUCUGUCAUUUGUUUUAGCAGCACUAUAAAUAUUCAUUUGUUCAAGUUGUACAUGUUGACUUUAUAGUUUUGGGAAUGACGGUCUUGAAACAAUGGUUGUACAAAAAUGUCUUAUACUACAAAUAAACAUUGAAAAUGU